GAGAGGAUGCUGUAAACAAUGAUCAACUCUUCUGUAAAUAUCACUAUCAUAAAAAGCGAACGUACAUUAAGUUUUAACAAUUACAGACGUUCGUAUUUCGACUGCAACGAAUAAUUAAGAUGGCUGACAAAUCGCCUGAAAAUUAUCUCGCAUUAUUUUGCUAUAUUUUUCCAUAGUAGAAGGUAUAUCGAAACUAACCACCAAUUGCAAUGGAUGAACCUGAGUUUUAGAAAUUGUUCGACACCAAAUGUCGGGUAAACAUUAUCCUAACGGUACCAAUAUGUGUGAUGAUGAAAGCGAAUAUGAUGACAAAGGGAAAAGAAAGAGUCGAAAUCUCAGUGAGAAAAAAAGGCGGGACCAAUUUAACAAACUCAUCCAUGAGUUGUGCAGUAUGGUAUCAACAUCCUCGUCACGUAAAAUGGACAAAACGACAGUUCUUAAAAGUGCAAUAGCGUUUUUACGCAAACAUAGUGACAUAUCUCUUCAGUCUCAAGCCCAUGAAAUCAAAGAGAUCUGGAAGCCAUCAUUCCUCACAAAUGAUGAAUUUACUCAGCUAAUGUUAGAGGCCCUGGAUGGCUUCAUACUGGCUAUAACACAAGCUGGUAAUAUACUUUAUGCCUCAGAAAGUAUAACAUCAUUACUUGGACAUUUAGCAAGCAACUUGUCCAACAGGUCAAUCUAUGAUUUCCUACACCCAGAUGAGAGAGUUGAUUUGUACAACAUCCUCACAAACCGUAGGAUCUUUAAUAGCAACUCCACCAGGUCACACUUUGAGGAAGAGGAGAACCAGUUGAUGUUCACGUGCCAUCUGAAGAGACAAACUGACAAAGAUGAAGAUAUAGUAUAUGAACAGGUCCAGGUGAAUGGAAGCUUCCGAUAUUGGAACCCAGAGCCAGAUCUGUAUUUGGAUGACAAUGUGUCUACUGUGUCUUCAAUGUACAAUAAAGAAGACAAGCACAACAUAUGUUUCUGUGCGACUAUACGACUCAUCAACUCUAAACUAAUUAGAGAGAUGUCACAUGUUGAUAAUGUUUGUAAUGAGUUCACAUCCAGACAUAGCUUAGAGUGGAAAUUCCUAUUCUUGGACCAUAGGGGUCCUCCUAUUAUUGGCUAUCUGCCAUUUGAGGUGCUUGGUACAUCAGGGUACGAUUAUUACCACCCCGAUGAUCUCUUAAAGAUAGGAAAAAAUCACGAACAGUUGAUGUCAACUGGAGAGGGUGUAUCUUGUAAAUAUAGAUUCUUGACAAAAGGACAGGAGUGGAUGUGGCUCCAAACCAGAUAUUACAUCACAUACCACCAAUGGAACUCUAAACCUGAGUUCAUUGUAUGUACUCACAAAGUCAUAAGCUUGAAUGAUAUAUUUGACCCGUCAGGAGAACCUGAGAAAAAGCUUGCUGAAUCUGACAAGGAAUUGUGGGUCCAUUCCAACAGUCCUUCAGACUCAUUCCCCAUACAGGCUGUCUACAGCGAUAGGAUGUUUGAUGCUCCACAGCCUAGUACAAGUGUCCAGCCUGACUCACAAUAUAAUCUUCCUAGCACCCAAUCAGCAAAGCCAAAGGAGGUACCCCAAGCAAGCCUUUCGCCCAGUAGGCCUGUUGAGUUACCUCCCUCAGGUCCCAAAUUAGGGAAACGUACGAAUACAACCUCAGGGGGAUUUGAAGGAACUGUGCCCAAGGUUCACUUAAGUGCAGCUCAACGACAGUUACAUCUGCAGCUACAGCAGAAACAGCUACAGCUGCAGGAGUCUAUCAUGCAACAACAGAUGGAGCUUCAGAACAUUGCCAUGCAGCUGUCAAUGACAAACCCAAUGAUUAAUGCAACAGGAUCACCAGCUGCUACCCAAAUGCCACAGAACUCUAGUACAUCAGUGACAACUCCAGUAGUCACAAUGCAACAACAGAAUCUGUUGUCUCCUAGUCCCAUAGUGCAGGCCCCAGUGGCGCAAUCAACCAGUGAUCCUAUGGUUCCAUUAACUCUAGUCCCGCAGCAAAUGCUAUUCCAGCAAUCGAACUUACCCAGUAGUUCUCAGACACAUGACCCAAUGUUGUCACCAUUUAGUAAUGAGGGAGUGUGAAGAAUUGCGCAUCCUUCAUCAAUCGUUUGUGAUCAUCCACUGAAAAUUACUGAAGAACAUAACUGAAGAUGGAAAAGGAUUUUGAGUGGACAACAUCAGCCAUUUUUGAUUCAUAUUCGAUGCAUCAUCACGCUGCAUGGCUGACAUCACCAGGGUAUAUGUAUGAUAACACCAGGGUAUAUGUAUGACAUCACCUGGGUAAAUGUGUGACAUCA